CUUAUGCUGCCAGGAAUGCAAAGCCAUACUCGCCUCUAAACCUGGCUGAUCAACUUAACACAAUUUGGCCAACACUUUUCAAUAAAUAUUGUCGUCAUGACAGUAAAAUUGAUACCUGACGAAAAUUUGAAGCAUAGCAAAGCCGAUUGGCGCCUAUGUUUAGCGGAUUUUGUACGUGACUCUAAUGAGACCGUUUCCGAGUUGGAUAUAAGUACGAAGUUGAAGCUCGAGUUGUACCCGUCAAUCCUGGAUUUGUGCAAAUUGGCUAAAAUUACCUACUCCAGUUUAGACCAUGGCGAGAAGGAGAUUAUAACAACCUUGCCCGAGUACAGAAUUAUCUGCCAGGCUGCAAAUGAACCUUUUCAUGCAUGGGCCUUCUGGCGUGAAAUAAGUACCUCCCCGUCGCGACACCGCCAGCUCAUUAUUGCAUUUCAAGGUACUAACUCAGCCGCUGACUGGGUUCACGCUAAUCUUCAAGGAAUUGCGAAAAACCAAAUUACACCCCAACUAAACUCGGCGUGUACUUUUGCCCUACAAAUUUUGGAAACGGUACAGGAAAAUCUGGACGCAACUUCGGACCCACUGCAGAUCAUCAUCACUGGACACUCACUUGGCGGUUGGUUAGCCCAAGUUGCAACAUUUGCUGUGAAAUACUUAGCACUUGCAAAGGAGGGGAAUGAAUUUAUACGUCGUGCCGAAACAGAUUUAUGGCACCCCCACUGCGUCGUAUUUGACAGUCCUGGUGCCGGUUUAAUCCUUAAUUAUCUUAAUUCGUAUUCUGAACUGAGAGAAAGUCACGAUUCCCACACCGUCACAUUGGACAUUUGCAAUUACGUAAUCUUACCAAAUGCUGUCAACGUUAUCAACCCUCCAUUUGGUGAUAUGGUGCAGCUUGUCGCGCCAGAUAGUAUUCCAGCAUUUGGACCAAUUUCGAGUGGGGGCAUGAAAAAAUAUUCACACACUUUGAAGCACACAUUUAAGUUUCAUGAUAUUGAAGUAUUCAAAACUGCCUUAGAAAGCAGUAUUUUCACUCUUUAUAGCGUAGUAAAUUGGCCAAUGGCCGUGUUUGAGGGAUGGAACACUUAUGCAGAUAAGGACAAAGGAUUUGCUAAAGCGCUCAUAAAGGCAGCAAGGUUUGGGUGGAAGGCUGGAGAGGCUAUGGAUGAUUUUUUUAGUUGGCUAUCGAGUCCAAGAGAUUAUAAGACUUUCAAGGUUCUGAAAUUAGAAGGCGAGGAAACUAAUGUAGCUGCGACACGAUUGAGUGGGAUAGAAAGCACAAAUUUGGAGAAGUUGAGAGAGAUUUUUUUAUGGAAGGAACACAUAGGUCAUGAUAACAUGCAAGUUAUCGAUUCCAGUACUGAGUCACAUGUCAUUUUGGGCCUAGAUUACAAAUGUAAAGUAGAAAACGGCAGGAUAAAUUUUGAAACUAAGGGAAAGUAUACGGUGUUCAAAAACUGUUGCACGUUUAACGUGCUCAAGGACUUGUCUAGUAAGAUUGAGCAUUUGCCAGAUUAUGAUUUAACCAAUAUCUUACUUAAAAGUGAGAUGUAUUGUGAUGAAAUGCUUUCCAAGUAUUCGAGCGUAAAGUUCAGUGGAAAUUCCAGUCACGGAAUUUACACCGAAAAUGAUCAGGGUUCCUUUAAAUUUGUAAGAUCAAGCGACAAAGACUGGCUGAAGUUAGUUUUGCUAGAAUACGCAUUUCUGAAAAGAUCAAAGUCACAAAAUGAGACACUAAUUCUGAAACAUGACCAAGGGUCAAAAAUCUAUGAUAGAAAUAGUAUGAUAGGCAAGUAUGGAAUUAAGUUAGUAAUUAUUGACUCCAUUGAUGAGAUUAACGAAAUAACAUACGAUACAAUUAAGGAAAUGUCAUGCAUCCCUGGCAUCAACUAUGUUUGGCUGCAACAGUCCAUACUACCCACCCCUGCCGAAAAUUUUACCGAAAAACUUGUGGUUGACAAUGAAUUAAUGGGAAGCAUAUUAGAAAGCGAAAUAAUAUUACUAGGGCAGUCACAUUUACUGAAGGAUAUUUUUACGAAUAAGGUUCAGAGGCAGGAGUUGAAAACUUUCUUAGAAUCAUCUCCAUCUUCGUUGCUAGCCAUUCUGCAAGGCAAUGCAGAAAUAGGCCACGCCCUAAAGACCGCAUAUGACCUGGAAAACACUUAUUUUAACAUUGCUCGUAAAAUGAGUGGCACUGAACUGAGAGAUUAUUAUUCAAAAAAGUUCGACAAGUUUAAAACAAUUGUUGUUUUUCAAUGUGACUGUGAACAUUUUAAAGCUCGUACGGAAGUCUAUAAACAUCUCGGUUCGGCACUUACAGUAGAGAUACACAUUUUACCACGGGACACGACAAAUCCUUUUAAAGAGUUCCAAAAUAUCUGUAAGGCCAACCAUGACUGCAUUGUGGACUCUGUCAGCUAUAGUAGCGGUAUAAAUUUGAGCCACCCGUUCGAGCUGAUGUAUCAGUAUACUCCAGAAUUCUACACAAAGAGGAAAAUUAGAAAGCCAGGCAUAAAAUCUGGCGUAGUGUGUAGUUAUUUAAAGUUUGAGAAAGGUAUUGAAUCUUUUUAUUUAGGGCGUGGCGAGCAAAAAUUUGAUAUAGAGAUAUCAGAAAAUGAUUGCACAGAUAAUAAGAAUUCUAAUAUCGCUACUGAAAUUGUGAAGAAAUUUGAAGAUAUUAGUUGCAAUAUGUAUAAAUCUGCACAUUUUAACAUUGAUCCGGAGGGAGAUGGACACAUGUGUACUUUAAAACAAAGUUCCGAAAAAGUUUCACAAAAGCCCGAUCCCAACUCCGAUUUAAACCCAUGCAUCAAAUUUAAUUACACCCCUUUACCCGAAGAGGGCAUAUCCUUUAUUGGCGAUGGCCCUUUAAUUAUUUCUGACGAACCUGGCAUGGGAAAGUCGACCACAGUCGUCCAAUUGGCUAAUAGAAUUUUAAGUGAGAGUGUUUCAAGCUCCAAUGCUCUGUUCAAUUAUUUAAUUAUAAUUGAUUUAAAAUCGCUGCAAAAUCUUAACUUGAUUGACGUCAGUCAAAACGAUAAUUCCUUUAUAACCGGGUUUUCCCACUGUAUUUCUGGCAAUCAAAAAUUUAACGAAUUAUCCAAAUAUGUCCUUUUGCAUCUCAUGCUCAACAAAACGGAAAGAAGAGAACUUAUAAUUCUAGCUGACGGCUUUGACGAAAUGACAUAUGAAAACAAAAAAUUAUGGACAAACAUCCUACGAAAAGUUAAAAGAUUGUCGCACAUUCAAAUAAUUAUUACGACUCGUCCACACGAUAGGGAAAACUUGGAAGGCGUCCUCGGUGCUUUAUCCCACUCAUUUGUCCCAUUGCUUAAUGAAGAAAGAACUCAGCUCCUCGUAAAUUUGUGGGCCGCUGCGCUAAGAGUUGAGGAAGGUUUGGAACUCGACCAUUUAACGAAAUUUGCGACUGAGGUGAUCACCGAAGCGCAUCAGAAUCUGGUUAAAGACAGGGAAGCAUUUCUCGGAGUUCCACUCCAACUAAAAAUGCUAUCGGAAGGGUUUUUGACUAAUGCGAUGGAGUAUGUCAACACUGGGGGAGAAAAAGGCGGAAUAACACAAAUAAAGGGAGAAAUAACACUGGCAUAUAUUUAUCAGAGGUUUAUUGAUCGUAAAUAUGAGAUUUACAUGACACAAAAACUUGGAAUCCCAGGCUGCGUGAACCCAGCAAUAUUUCAGGAAUGUUUUGACGAGUAUUUUUAUAAGUUUGCGGGAGAUGUGAUGGGCGAUAGAAGGCCUUAUGAAGAAUUAGUCUUGCUCGCUUGUGGACAGAAAUUAUUAUCUCCUAAGAAGCUAAUUACCGACCAGGUCUUUCGAGUUGGCAUUGCGUAUGAGGAGAAUGAAGGGAAAACUCCUACAUUCAUACACCGUACUUUUGCAGAAUUUUACGUGGCAAAGUUCAUCGCGAGCCAAGUUGAGACAAUUUGUUACAGUGAGAAGGAUAAUAGCGAGAAGUUAAAGGUACUUAGAAGUGUGCUUAUUGAUUUCGAUCACGGCGCUUGCAAGAUGGUCUGGGUAUUCCUCAAUGAUAUAAUGAAAGACCUUCGUGUUAGAGGCAUGGGAUAUGACAAUUUUAAGGGUAAUAUUGAGAAUAUUGAUUUCUUUCUAAAGGAAUCUGCUAAUUUUUUUAACUUUCUCCCAGACUAUUGGGAGCUCUUGAUGAAUACAUGUAUUAUGCGCGCUGGUAAAUUUGAACGCUUUUCCCGUUUUUACAUCAUUACGCUUGGAUGUAUUUAUGGGACGUCUAGCUCAGAAGUUACUGGUGUAUUUCUUCUCCUGCGUAGGAUUCUUAUGCUUGAUCCCGAACUUCAAUUUAGAGAUGUAAAAUUUGUAAGGGUACGCUGGAGUUCCUGGGAAACUGUCAAAUUGCUUUCCAUUAAUGACCUAAUUGAACAAUUUGAUAAACAAGUAAAGGAUCCCAACGCCUUGAAGGAAUCAAUCCUGAAGGAUCCAUUGGCAUAUGUAAUUUUAACGGAUCACAAUAGGGAUGAAGUUCUAACGUGUUUGGAAGACUAUGUUCGUCGAAAUACAUUAUCGCGUGAGGAUCUGAGGAAGAAAAUUCCACAUUAUGACAAAGUCACCAUUAAACUGACUUUAGGGCUUAUAGUUGAAAUAGGUCUUGAUUCCAGUUUAGUUAACAUAAUUGAACAGAGAUCAAGAGUAGUUUUUUCUCCAUCGGAGAAGGAGGCAAUGUAUAUAAAAUGUUAUGAAACACGAAUCCUAGAUAUAAAUAAAUUGCUACUUGAGAACCUUAAGGGCCACUCAAAAUUGGUAAAAUUUAAAACUACGACUGAUUAAGUAAUCUAACGGUAUUUUUAGUUAUAUUAUUUUCUGAUUGUGUGCGCUGUUUAUGUACUUAAAUCAUUAUGUAAAUGUUGCGAUAAAAAGUGUAAGAUCAAGAUACUCUUUGAUAGAUUUAUAUUUAACUGUUAACGUAUGUAUUGUGCUAAUGUAAACGAAUAAAUCCCCCAUUACGAAUGUUACUUAUGCGAAAAUAAGUAUAUAAUUUUAUAAAAAUAGUGGCGGGUCUAAUGUGAUGGGACAUUUUCAUAUUAUUCAUUCAAAGUCUUCAGUAACUUUACAUGGACACAAUUCAUGACGCAAAUACAUAACAAAGAGAUUUGGUUGUGAAUUAACAGAAUCGGGCCAGCAUGCACAUUCGUUCUCAUAAUCUUCAAAUACUGAGUUUACAUAAUCCGUAAUCUAGUAAUUCUAAAAGAAAUUGAAAAUUGUUUAAUAAUCCACAAUCUAGUAUUUCGAUAAAAAAUUAUUUUUUUAACAAUUUGUAAUCCGUAAUUCAUACUGGUCACAAAGUAACCAGUAAUUUGAAAUCUACAAUUUCUAGAUUUUCCAAUGUAAUCUUAUUACGAGCUACAUUAACAGAUUACUUUGUUGUUGAGUUGUACAUAUUUUCAGAAAUAAUAUACUCAAACUACAUAUAUUU